AUGCAUGACAGUCUCCUUCGCUUGAAACACAAACGUCUGCUCUUCGACCCUAUGACUGAGCCUGUUGAUGUCACCGGGUUACACGCUUUUCAGCCGCCAAACUUCGACAAAGGAGACCAAAGAGGACCAUGUCCCGGACUCAAUGCACUUGCUAAUCAUGGUUAUAUUUCCCGUGAUGGCAUUGCUGGCUUCUUCGAGGUGAUUCAUGCGGUCAACCAUGUAUACGGUAUGGGAGUGGACUUGAUUACUGUGCUUGCAGUCAUGGGCACUGUGGGUGUCGGAAAUCCGCUCUCACUCAAUCCUGGCUUUUCAAUCGGCGGCAAGAGUCGCAAAACCAAUAACGUACUCGGUAACCUCUUUGGACUUCUCGGAACACCUCAAGGGUUGGACCACGCUCACAACUGGAUCGAGUCGGACUCAUCCAACACGCGCGACGAUCUCUACGUUACUGGAGACGCAUCUACGAUGAACAUGACUCUCUUCCUGGAAGCAUACAACUCGUCGGAAGAUUACGUUUUGACCAUGGAUGAUAUUGGUGCGCGUGCGGCCAAGAGAUUUGAAGAGAGUAUUGCAAUCAACCCCAAUUUCUACUAUGGCCCAUACACUGGAAUGAUUGCACGAAAUUCGGGCUAUGCUUUUACUGGACGUAUUCUGAGCAACCAUACGAUGGAAUAUCCUUUUGGAGGGCAUUUGACUAAGGAUGUUUUCUCCAGCUUCUACGCUGUUUACGAGGAGGAUGGAAAGCUGGUCUACAGAAAGGGCCACGAGCAGAUCCCAGCAAACUGGUACAGGAUCGGUAUGGACUACGGUUUGGUGCAAUUAAACUUGGACCUUGUCGAAUGGUUUAUGAAGUAUCCUAUCCUGGCCAGUAUCGGGGGAAACCUUGGGAAAGUCGACAACUUUGCCGGACUGGAUCUCGAAGGCAUUACCGGUGGAGUCUUGAAUGCGACGUCGCUGUUGGAAGGCAACAAUCUUGUGUGCUUUGUGUUGGAAGUCGUCAAGACAUUUACGCCAAACUCUUUGUCUUCCCUGUUCAAGACACUCGAAGCUCCGUUGAAGCUUGUCAACGACGCUGUCUUGGAUCCUUUGCUGGAUCUGAGCUGUCCGGCGUUCAAAGACAUGGCACUUGAUGGCACUGACCUUCUUACUGGUCUGCUCAACAGAUAUCCCGGUGCAAACAAAAGUGGCUUUGCUUUCUGA